AUGCUCAUGGUGCAGCUCAACAUCCGCCUGCUGCUGGAGGAGGCGGGCCACCCCAACAUCAACAUCAUCUGUGAGAAGCUGACCUAUGUGGGGGUCACGCGUUUUGAGGAUGAUGCACGCCUGCCGCUGGGCAUUGCCAUCAACUCUGCCAGCUAUGCCGCAAAGGCGCUGAUCCAGGCAAGCUCGCCAGCCCAAGUUGCUGUGAACCCCCGUUUCCUGCCUGCCUACAUGAUUCUGGGCCAGGAGAGCGACCUCGUGGUGCAGGACGUGUCCUCCUUUGCCAGCGAGGGAGAGGAGCUGAGCUUCCUGCAGCUGCAGGCCCGGGCGGCCUCUGUGCGCCAGAUUGUGCUUGGCUGGUACCGGAUACCAUCCACUGCCUCGCAGCCGCUGGAGAUGGUUGUCAAUCCGAUGGGCUUGAAGGAGCGCAGCAAGGUGCAAGCGGUCCGUGUGUGGAACAGCGGCGACUCACGCUGCAAGCUAGUCACCAUGGCGGUUACCAAGUCGGCGACAGAGGCGGCGGCGGCGGCGGAAAAUGUCCCGUACCCUUUCAACAUGUCCAGCGACAAGUUCAACAUUUCAAGCUCUGGCGACGAUUCUGAAUCGGAGAGCGGCAGCGGGGACAAGGCCGGGCCCGACUGGGAGGCAGCAGCCAGCGAGAUCGACUGGCAAGAGGCGGCAGACCGUGCUCUGCCGCCUUCCUAG